UGUUUUGUUUGACUGACAGUAGAGAGUUGCACUGUGAACGGGUUUUUCGGGAUUUUAGCACCGUGGUAAAGGCACAAACAAACAGCAUGCUGGGAGUGGAGUGGGCAGCUGAACGGGUGCGGCCCUGAUCCCACGCUCCUGGUCCAAUCUCUGACCAAACAGAAAUCAGUUCAAGAAUAAUGGCCCGAAACGUGAGCUUCGACUAUGACUACGAUUUGCUGGAAGCUGGACUAGAGAGUCCAGCAGAUGAAGCAGGGGUUCACGACUCAUUCAAUCAGCUGAUUGAGGAGCAGAGUCAAAAUGCUGGAUUCUCUGAUGCCCACGAGCUACAGCAGCUGCAGAGGGAGCUGGAGGAGGAAGAGGAAGAGGGCAGAGAUAACGUGCCGUACUUGUCCAGUCCUAAUAAUGACCUCUACAGGAGGAGGCAGGGACAUCUCGAUACAGAGGAGGGGCAGACAGACACUUUGAUGAGGGAGCGAUGGUCCUCUGCCACCCUCAAGGUCCUAUCCUCCAUGCCCAGUCGAACCAUCGGCCGGAACAGAGGAGCCAUCAUCUCUCAGUACUACAACCGCACCAUGCAGCUGCGCAGGCGAAGACAAAGCAGGCCCUCCAUCAGGGACUUCUCCCGAUCGUCCCGUCCCAGUAUCCGAGGCUAUGGCAUUGAGGCAGACGGCACAAACGCAGAUGGGACUGAAGUCAGUAAGAGGGACCGUUUGGUGAACAACCUCCAGAACCUGUCGGUGAGUGACAGAGUGAGGAUGCUGCGGGGGAUGCCUCUCAGUGUCGCCGAAAAGACAGAACUCAGGCGGCUGGCGUUACAAAAGGAGCAUCGCACUGUGUCUAGUCGUCAGAUCCCCUGCUGCAGUCGCCUCAAGUAUUACAUUAUAAUUGUGGCGAGGCAGGCCUGGUACAGCUGGCUGUCGUUCCUGCACUCCCUGCAGCUUUGGCAGGUGGCGCUAAAGAGGGUCAGCGGACGCUUCGGGACAGGGGUGUUGUCCUAUUUCCUCUUCCUCCAGACACUGCUCUUCUUCAACCUCUUCCUUUUCCUUGUCACUGGGGCCUUUUUGGUGCUGCCCCAAGUAGUGCACCCACCUGACCCCCACCCAAAGAACCUCCCCUUCACGGGGCUGGAACUGCUCUCAGGGGCGGGAUACUUCUCAGACACUGUGAUGUACUAUGGGUACUACUGUAACUACACACUGCGGAGGACUUGCUUGGAUCAUGAAGCAGUUGCCAUCUCAACAGCCACUGGAACCAAACUAGAGUGUCACUCUAAGCUCUCAUACAACAUGCCACUGGCCUAUUUCUUUACCAUCGGAGUCUCAUUUUUCAUCACCUGUAUCAUCCUUGUUUACAGCAUGUCCAAAUCUUUUGGCAAAAGCUUCAGGAUUGACAAAUCACACAGUAUUUUGGCCAUGAAGGUCUUCUGCUCCUGGGAUUUCAAGGUCAUCAAAAAGACUUCAGUCAAACUCAUGUCUGAGAAUAUCUGCACACAAAUAAAGGAGCUGUUGGCAGAGGUGAACCACAGUAAGGUGAAAAACACUGUGUGCCAGAGGCUGUGGAGAGUCACAGUCCACGGUCUGGCGUGGACCAUCUGCAUCGCCACUACCACCGGAUGUGCUUUUGGCAUUUACUUCUUCUCUGAGUACAUGCACAAGAACUUGGAGGUGCAGUCCCGUAGUGUCAACAAGAACCCUAUACUGACAGAGGCGAGUAUGCUGGCCCUCCCUGUGGUGGUGUCUGUCAUUAACCUGUUAGUGCCUGGUUUGUUCAAUGCCGCUGCCUGGAUGGAGGACUACGAUUCACCCUCUCUCCGCACCUAUGUGGCCAUUGGCAGAAAUUUGAUGUUUAAAAUGAGUGUGCUGGGAGUCCUCUGUUACCACUGGUUGGGCCGUGUUGCAGAAAACCCGAGAAGAAUUGGCCUAGAGUGCUGGGAAACAUUUGUGGGACAAGAACUGUAUCGCUUCCUAAUUAUGGACUUUCUUUUCACACUAUUGGACACUUUGUUUGGAGAGUUUCUUUGGAGACUGUUUUCAGAGAAGGUGCUAAAACGCCGGAGGAAGCCUGUGUUUGAUAUCCCCAGAAAUGUCUUGGACCUCAUUUAUGGACAGACAUUGGCUUGGUUAGGUGUCCUUUUCACGCCAAUACUCCCAGCAGUGCAAGUGCUCAAACUCUUGUUGCUUUUUUAUAUAAAGAAGGGCAGUGUGAUGAUGAACUGUCAGGCUCCCAGAAGGCCAUACAGAGUCAGCCAGAUGACCACAGUGUUCAUCACUCUCCUCUGUAUCCCAUCUUUUGUGGGAGCGUCAGUCUGUGUCACUUACACCAUGUGGAGUAUUGCCCCAUCCUCUUCGUGUGGUCCCUUUCGACAGCUCGAAACCAUGAUCCAGGCAGGAAAGCGCUGGGUGGAGGAACUAGAGAAGGAUAACCCCAACCUGUCGGUGUUGGCCAGAGCACAUUCCUAUUUAGUUGAACACCCAUUCUUCCUGUUUGUGGGAGCUGGCAUCUUUCUAAUAAUCAUCUACUUCCACAGUCAGGUGGUCGACGGUCAGAGGAAAAUCAUCGACCUUCUGCAAGAACAAAUAAAAAAUGAGGGAGAGGACAAAAAGUUCCUCAUCACUCGUCUUCAGGCCAUCCAUGAAAAAAGGCGGACUCCGGCGCAGAGACUCACCAGUCAGGACUCGAACUGUUGAGUGGGCUCCUUUAAACUGUGGGACAAAACUGGACAAGCACGUAACUGGAGUUUUAUUUUAAUCAAGUAACUAAACGCAACAAAACUGGAGACUAGAUUUUAUAUAUUGUUUUAGCUGCACUUUCAAACCAACUGUGAAGUUUUGGUUUAACUUUUUACCUGUUUUUAAACUUUUGUUACACUGUUUAAUGUAGAUUAGCCUGAAUGUUGUUGAGUUAUGAAUGAUAUUGGUGAAAAGUGUCUGUUCUAUUGUUUUAAUGUUUUAAAUUAAAUUAUGUUAUACUUUUUAAACAG